AUGGAUUGCAAGCAAUCUACAAAAAACGAUGAUAAUUCUGAAAAAAUUGCUAGUACUAAUAUUCGACCAAAGACUCGUGAGUGGACGCUGAAUGAUUUCGAAGUUGGCCGUCCUUUAGGUCGAGGAAAAUUUGGCAACGUAUAUUUGGCUCGAGAAAUUGAGUCCAAAUUUGUGGUUGCCCUCAAGGUCGUAUACAAAGCACAGUUGGGACCAAAUAAUUUGAAGCGUCAGUUGCAGCGUGAAAUCGAAAUUCAAUAUCACUUGAGGCAUCCAAAUAUUUUGCGUUUGUAUGGAUAUUUCCAUGAUAAGGACCGUGUUUAUCUGGUCUUGGAGUUCGCUCCAAGAGGAAGUCUGUUCCAACGUCUUCAGGAGAUGAAAAAAUUCCCACCUGAACUAGCUGCCAAAUAUAUGUACCAACUGGCAUCAGCUAUGGAAUACUGUCAACAAAAGAAAGUUCUACAUCGAGAUUUGAAACCUGAAAAUGUUCUUAUUGGUGGGAAUGGUGAUUUGAAAAUAUCAGAUUUCGGGUGGUCGGUGCAUGAACCAUCAUCAAAAAGGACUACAGUGUGUGGUACGUUGGACUAUUUAGCACCGGAAAUGGUUCCGAACGGAACACAUGACUCUAUGGUUGAUAACUGGUCUCUUGGCGUUAUGCUAUAUGAAUUCCUAGUUGGGAAACCUGCAUUUGAGGCAAAGACAUACCAGGAUACGUUCGAUAAUAUUCGUAGAUGCAGGUAUACCUUUCCACCUGAAGUACCAGAUGGUGCAAGAGAUCUUAUAUCAAAACUCUUACAAAAAGAUCCAAAGAAACGCUUGCCGUUAAAGGGUGUCUUGAACCAUUCAUGGAUACAAGAGAUGAUUGCAAAAGGUACUAGUCGAGACUCGAUGGCCAAAAAUAGUUAUUAAAUUGAAUAUGGCCAGUGC